AUGCCUCUUGAGCAAACCAUCACGAUUGUCAACAACUCUGGCAAGAUCAUAAGCACUGGAAAGCAAUUAUUCUCCAUCUUCAAGGAAGCAAAAACAUCUUAUGAUGAGAAAAAGGCAGAGAUUAGGGGAGUGAAGCGAUCUGAAACGUUCGACCAGCCUCAAAUCCCCUACCAGUAUGAUGACUAUCCAAGAUCACGAGGACAUAGGAGUCAUAGCGGCCGUAGUAUGUAUGAGCCAGAGUACUACACGGAAUAUGACUAUAACAAGAACCCCGGAUCUUACGAUGGUCGACUACAUUCGUUCGACGUCUACAGCGAAGCAGGCUCCCGAAGAAGCCAUCACACGCCCCGGCCGCACUCGAGAUACUACCAGCGCAGCCCGAGGAAUCGGCCAGCUUUAACCGAGGACAAUCUGAAGGCUCUGAGCGAGAUCUCUAGCACCACACCUAGCAAACCGCCCAUGGCAUACCGCAGUCCUUAUGCGGAGACACUCCCCAAAGACAUGGCGGUGUCAAGGAUGGACCUCACCCAAUAUGAUAUGAACAGUGUUGCUGAAGAUGAAUGGAGACGGUCUGCUCUCCUCCGGCGAGCACCUGAAUCACAAAUCGCCAGACAGGACGAGCCCAAGGACAAGGAGAUCGACAUGAAUCUUGCGUACGGAAAUAUCCCUCCAGACUUGGAAUUUAGAGUCGAUCUGGAUCCUUCGCAACAGACCGAAGAGCAAAAGGCCAACCAGCUGAUUCGUAAGGUUGAGGGCCUUUUGGACGAAGCACACUGCUUACAGCACUCUGCAACAUCCACCAUCAAGCAUCUUCAGCAAAAGCCCGACGCAGCCGCAGCAGUGGCCCUCACUCUUGCGGAGUUAUCCUCUGUAGUAGGGAAGAUGUCCCCUGCUCUUCUCGGCUUCCUUAAAGGCGGCUCUCCCGCUGUAUUCGCUCUGCUUGCAUCGCCUCAAUUCCUCAUUGGCACUGGCAUUGCUGUCGGUCUGACUGUGGUUAUGUUUGGCGGGUGGAAGAUUGUCCAGAGAGUGAAGGAAUCACAAGUCCCCCGGGAGGCUAUCGCAUAUGGCAACGCCUCGAUGGAUCAGCCUGCGCCGCUGCGGACACAGAGUGACUACAAUGCCAGCUUUGAUGAGGCGCUCAUCGUUGAUGAGGAGCUGAGCACUAUCGAAUCCUGGAGGCGAGGCAUCAUGCCGUUUGGCGCCGAUAACGAAAGUGCCGACAUCGAGCUUAUCACCCCCGAGGCAGAGCGUGCCCAGAGAGAAAAAUACAAGGAUGACUUUGACCAUGGCUCAUUCAGAAGCGCUCGUACAGAGCGAAGUACCAAGACGGUAAAAACGACCAAGACUUCGAAGACAGCCAAGACGACAAAGCCGACCAGAUCGCAGAAGACAUCGAGCAAGGACAAGGACAAGGACAAGGACAAGGACAAAGAGAGAGAAGUGCCCGAGCGCCGAAGCAGCAGAAAUGCUACUGUGGAGAGCAUCAGUGGCGACUCUGAGUCGGGAAGGCAUAGGUCCAGCAGGAAGCACAAAGAAAAAGAACGUCCAAGGGAAAGGGGUGUCAAAAUGAUCGAGGACGGGCGAAGCAACAGCAUGGAUCUCGUAUACCGACCAAAGGCACAGCGACAGGGCGACAACAUGCUGAAGGCGCUCUUCAAGAACAAGGACAAGCACGACAAGAAAGCUCAGUUUGUGGUAGCUUAA